AUGUCACAAAAGCAAUUGCUGGUUUGUGCUUUAUAUGAUUAUAACCGUCACAUACCGAUGAGCUUUCAUUUAAAAAAGGCGACUAACUAUGUAACAUAUGCUACCAGUUCAGGUAUUUUUCUAUCACUAAUAAAUUUACUUGUAGAUGAGAAGGGUAAUCCCACUACUGAUGGAAGUUCGUUGAUACACUUACAAAACUUUCAAAACGAGAUUAUACAACAUGUUUUAGAAGGUGAAUUAAGACAAGUUAGUGAACUAUCUCAGUUAUUGUCAGUGUUUAUGAUUAACCUGGAGCCUCUACUUCACUUAUCAUUCUUGAACAAACUCGUCAAUUUAAGAGACAUAUUAUUUCAAACCAUUAGUAUACAUCAACAUUUGGCCUCGGCUUUAACAGAAAUGAAAUGUACACAUGGACCGAAAUGUAUGGGUCGGCUAUUUUUAGAUUUUGCUCCAGCAAUUAACGCAAUCGGGUGUGAUUAUUCAAAAAUUUAUUUACAUGUUAUAACAGGAUUAGAAGAACAUAUUACAGAAGUAACAAAAUAUAUGAGUUCAUUUAAUAUUAAAUUACAAUUGGUCCAUUGUAAGCAACAACUCACUCUUAUAUUUGAACGUUUGGGUCGUUAUCCUUUACUUUUAAAAGAAAUGGAACGCUAUUUAGAGGAGCCACAUGUUGAUCGACCCGAUAUUCUUCGUGCAAUGAAUGUUUAUAGUGAAAUAACGGAAAGGUGUGCAAUCCUUAGAAAAUUUAAAGAGUAUGAUAUCAAUGUAUUACUGUCAGUAAUAAAUGGAUGGCGAGGACCGCCUAUACAACAACUUGGUGACCCAAUUCUCACUCUACGUGUUCUCCUAGUCAACAUACAAGUAAACCAAUCAACGAUAAGCCUACCGGAUUUCAUCCAUAUGAAUGAUAUAUUAACAAGAAAAACACAAUUAUCAUUAUUGGUUAUUUUUCCUACCUGUGUGCUCCUGUUGGCUAGAACAAACCAAACUAAUGUUUACGAUUAUACUGUCAAAAUACCAUUGAACAAUUUGGCUGUGAUUAGAUCAACCGAAAGUGAAGCAGAUUUAGAUUUAUUGAUUAAAGAUCUUAAUUCCAUGAAUAUGGAUGUUAUUCCUUGUCAAAUAACACUUUCAUGUACAGAUCAAAAUGCUAGAGAUCUUUUGGUAUCUACAUUAACUGACCUAAUACAAUAUCAGACCCAGAAUGAACAACAGUCACCAGAUAUUGAUCAAUGUCAUACAAAAAAUGAGAGUAUUUCUUUGGACUUCUUCAGUCAACCUGAUUCGAGUAGUUUGGACAAACAUGGAAAUACAUCUCUAAGUUCUUUACCUUUACGAAAGGACACACUAGAUAAUGAAAAAUUAAAAUCAUCAUCAAAAGUAACAAGAGAUGAAAAUAAUCAGAUUGAUCAGCAUCAAUCAACACUGGUGAUGUCGACAUUGUCAAUGAAAGAUCCUCAAGGUUUCAAGUUUCCUCCUGACUCCACUGACAAUUUGGCUGUUCAACACACUUACACAAAAGAUAUUUCUAAAAUAUCCUUUGUCAAUAAUGAUAAUGUUGUAAAAAUCACAGAUAAUUAUAAUUUCAUCAGCGAUUCGACUAACAAUAAUGACGAUAAUAAACGUCGCUUCUCUUCAUCAUUAAAAAAAAGUAAAGCUCCUAGACCAUUAACUGAACCAUCGAAUAUAUGUGCUGAAGAACUAAACAAUGAAAGUCAGCAUCAUCAAUCAUCCGUUAUUGACCCUCAGUCAAAACAAAUCUUCACACCAGUGGAUAACACCUGCACAAUGGUUCUAACUUCAGAUGUAUUAACAUCAUCUUCAGGCUUACGUUUUUUACCGCAUAGAAUUACUACUAAUGCCCAUGUUCUCUGGUUUAAUAUUGAUAAAGCGAUAGUUGGUACACGACAGUCAUAUUCAACAUCGAUUGAUUUGCCUGGUGUCAUUCCUUAUAAAAAUAAUGAACAAUUAUCAUCUGAUAAUGACUUAAUUCACGUAAUUCCUUGUCUUCGUGUCGAUGGUCCAUUAGAUUUUAAUAGAGCGAUAGAAUCGAAUAUUCCUGGUCUGUUGCUAGAUUUUUCUAUUUCGCACAAAAAUCAACACAACCGUGUGAGAGCUCAAAGUCCUAAGGUUACCGAUUCAAGUAAGGAAUCACGUCGUAAACGUGGUGGAACUGUACAAUUCUUAUGUAAUAAUCGUCAGAAAAGUGCUAUCACUGCAGAAGAUGUAUUACGUUCAGCUGGAAAAAUCCAUGAAAAUGAACUUCGAACGGCGGAUGAUACAAAAAUUUUACAAGUUAUUGAAGCAUAUUGCGCUAGUUCAUGGACACAUCCCAGUUAUCGAACAUUGGACUCUGUAAAAAAUGAAUGUCAAAUAGGUGGUCAAGGUAUUCUAUCACCAGUUGAAAGCCGAACAUUAUUACAACAUUUCCGAUAUCCUAAAAAGCCGUCUACAUCAUUUCUAUCCAUAUCAUCAUCGGGCAUGCAUUCAAGACAAGAACAAGACUCACAUAUAACAGAUGCUUCCAUAUUUGAAUUGUCUCGACAAAGCUUACCUCUUUCUAUGUUUAGUUCGAAAGCAUCAUUGAAACGAUCUGAAUCAAUCAAUAAGUCACAAACAUGCUUAUCACAAGAUGGUACAGUUUGUUUGAAUCAGAAUAUGGCAGCUAAUGUGAUCAAUUCCUACAGUAAGAUUAUCUCCAGUGUUACAACUAAUUCUAGUUGUACUAACUGUACUCCAUGCAAUUCUAAUCAAUCUUCCAGUUAUACGCAUAAAAUACAAUGUGAAUCAAUUUUAAAAACAUUUUCACCACCUCCAGUAAUUCUACCAACACACAGUGGUCGACGUUAA